CCCCCACCAGCAGUCUUCCGCUCCCAUCCUUUCUCCCAGCCUUUAGAGAAUUACCAGACCAGCCUGUUCCUUCUAUACUCUCUGAAUUGUUUAUUAGAAAAGGUGCCAAGGCCAAGGAUAAUUGGGAAAAGCCUCUCACUGGAGGACCAGUGAGCAUUUAUCCUGCAAGUGUGGCAGCUCCUGGACUGGGAGGAAUGGCACCAGUGGCCGCCCAGCUCCUUAUCUGCCAGCUGGUUUGGGGGCCAAUUUUGGCGGAGGACAUCAAGGAGCAGAUUGCCGUCCAGAACUUCCGCACUUUACACAUAGACUACCCCAGGGUCAGCUAUCCAGAGGGUUUCCAGGGCUACUGCAAUGGUCUGAUGGCCUACGUGCGGGGCAAGAUGCAAACCUGGAAUUGCCCAAAGACCUACUACGUGGUACAUACACCUUGGAACGCCAUUGUGAGGACCUGCAAGCUCAGUGAGAGCUUCUGCGAGAACUACAAUGAAUACUGCACCCUCACCCAGGAUUCCUUCCCACUCACGGUCUGCACCCUGGCACUCAGACAGCCACCCACCAGCUGCUGCUACACUAGCACCCUCAGCAACCGAAGGCUCUACCUGCUCUGCUCCUGCAAGUAUGAGGGUGAACCAAUGGGCAUCAUUGGCUACUUUUAG